AAAGAACCCCAAGACUCAGCAUAAACUCGCGUUUGUCGAGAAACAUGUCAACGCUAGCAUCUUUGUAUCCGCGAUACUCUCUCUGAAUCCAACACCUUCGAGCGUAUUCUUCGCAGCAAAGUCCACUAGUACAGUAGACCAAGGUACAGUUUUAGUCAGUUUUCCUAUUCAUAGCUCACCAUCGUCUUCACCGAGAGUCGAGAAUUCAAUUACUCCCCCCGCGGGAGAAAUCAUGGGCCCUGUGCUCCAAACCGAUAUUCCUUCCAAACGGCGACCUCCAUCACGCCCGAAAGAAAAAUCCGAUCCCCCCUUUGAAACAUCAACAAAUUUUGGAGUGCAAGGAGAUGAUGGGAACAGUCCUAGUCGCACACCGCGAAACAUUCGUCAGAACAGGACAGAUGCAACGACAAUGGGUGUAACAUCGCCCGUUUCACCUUCGGAGCGCGUCAAGACCGGGUACAUCAACAACCACGGAAUGGAUGACGAACAUAGCACAGAAUCCUAUCACCAUCAUAGUAUCAGGUGGAAGAUGGCAACAUUGGUGGUCACCAGCAAAAAGGGACAUGUAGAAGUGGACAUCCCCCUUCCAACAGAGGAAGUCCGGGCGUCAGACUCUAAACCUGACGGAGGUGUGCUUCAAUAUUCUCGACACUCGCUUUGGAUAGUAGCAGCAUUGGUUUCCGUUGCCGGUCUUGCGAUGAUAAUUUUAUUCCUCAAGCGAUGGAAGCAUCCAAAGAAAACCAAAGGGUGUUCCUUCAAUUGUCCUCGUCCAAACGUUGACUGAAGACGCCCUCCACGCUGUGGGCAAUCGUCGGAGUGUUGUAAUAGGGCUUCUAUGUCAAGCGCUUCAGGAGUUUACACGGAACAGACUGAGGCCUCCACAAGAUCAAAGUACACCGAGGAAGAUGAAACAGAAGAUACUUUACCAACUUCCAACCCAAUUCAGUACAUUUUGCCAAGCUCUGAAAGUAAUCUUGUGGUCGCAGAUGUUCAUCACUCCUUGCAAUUUGAUGAGCCUGGCACUAGGUCGCCUAGAUACAUAACGGAAGCACAGGCCAAGUUCGACAGCUCUGGUGGAAAGCUUUCCGCGCCGGACUCUGAUGUAGUUAUCACUGUAGGGAGUGGAGCUGUUCCCGAGGGAAGAGAACAGCCCUUUUUCUUUCGCGUGCCCAAGUAUGAUUCUACCCUGUUGCAGGAUAUCUCGGAAAUGCCCGAAGGAAGACUAAUUUCCCCCGUUAUCGAGUGUGGACCUCACGGCCUAACCUUGCUCAAGCCGGUGGAAAUCACUGUUCCACAUGAUCUGUGCUUGGACGAGGUCAGGAAAGACUGGAUAAGGGUUUACAGAUGUGAGCCAUCCUCUCAAGGGCCGCUAAAGUGGGAGAAAGUUCCUCCAGCAUCAGAAAAAAAUUGCCGAUCCAAAGCAUGGUUUACGGUAAAGAAGAACUCUAUUCAAAUCAAGACAACAACAUUUUCCAUAUGGAGCGUUUUUGCUUGUGGCGGAACGAAGAGGAAAAGAGGGAGAGUGUACUACAGCAAACAUGACUCAAGAAGCGAACACAUUUACCUACGCUUCUACAUUUACAGUGACAAUGAAGAUUCAAAGAAGCGAGUGAAAGAACAGGAGAAAGAGUCUUUUCCCAACUCGAAACCAUCAAGGGAGAAACCGUUUAAGAUGAACGACGACGAAAAAGAUGUUAUCGUGAAGCUCACUGAUCUUCAAGACGGUUGGGAACUGGACAAGACUCCCAGUGAACAGAGAUACGACUACGAAACCGCUUAUCGUAAUGGAUUCCGUGCAAAAGACGCAUGUGAUUUUGCGGUUAAACCAGUACGUCCAGGCUUGGAAGAAUUUUCCUGCUAUGUUAGAUUUAAACAGGAAGGCAGUGCCACGGAGUAUUCAAUUUAUCUUUACCCAUGCUUUACACCAAGACAGACUGGUCGAAAGAUUAUUUUCGCAAGUUCUGGGAGUGACUCACCUACCAACGGAGGUGAGUUGGCGGAUUCAGUUUCGAUUAUAAUACCAGAGGAGAACGAGAUCAAUGGAAGCCAAGAAACGACAACUUCAUUGGCUGAUUCCCAGACCAAUCAAACAGAAUAUUUCAGCCACGAUAUCGCCUCGUUAGGCAGUGACAGACAACCAGUAACAGAAGAACAUUUCAACUGUAUACGCGGGGAAAUCGGUUUGAAAUGGAAGGAUGUUCUGCGGAAACUGGGUCUCAGUGAGCCGGAAAUCGAAAAUGUGUGCGUGAAUCAUAGGGAAUAUGGGGUGGAAGAGAUGUUUUACCAAAGUCUACUGAAGUGGAAAAAACAUUUAGGCGUGGAAGCUACUACCGAAAAACUGUGUGAUGUUCUUCGUGAGGUACGCUGCACGGGAGCCUUGAAAAAGUUUAGAGGAGUUGUAGAGUGUGAUGCUGCUGCUCCAGUUCAAAAAAGCGCCGCAAGUCCUUGGACCACAGUUUGAAGAGUCCACAAUUCCAGUACAUGUUGGCUCAGAACGAGCAGGUUUUCCACAUGUAUAACAGACAUUUGCCGGAGGGAAAUACCUUUUAUGCCGGCUCAGUUGCCCAAUUAAAACAUCAAUUCCCCUCGAAUUUUGUUAGUAAAUCCUCUAGCGACUUGGCUUCUAUUAUUACCGAAACAGGUUGACUGUUUUUUUUCGGAGACGCGCGAAACAGUUGCCACUGCAGAGAAACAUAUUCGAAUUAAGCCCACGUGAUCUAUCUCUUACGCCUCAAACAUAAGCACACGUGAUCGUAUUCCUUCACAUUUCUGAGAAUCAAACGAUGGCGAGCUUUUCUAUGAACAAUCAAGGAAGGUCUUAUAUCCGUGGUAAAAGCGUAGACGAUAGCGAUAAUCGAUUCGAUUUUAGCUGAAAAGAAAUAUUAUAGAACACUUUUAGCUGGAUCAUGUAUAACUAAGCGAAAGCAGAUAAACGACGACAAACAGCAAAAUCGCGGGCAAAGAAAUGUGAAGGAAUGUUAUUACGUGCGUAUGCCUUUUGUGCUACCACCUUUUAAGUCACGUCUACCUGUUUCGGUAGUAAAUGCAAGACGAAUGCUCGGUCAGCGAAAUGGCCAUAAAUUUGUUGGAAUUGAACUGUGGGAGCCUUCUCAGUUGAUAGCUUUACUAUUCAUACACCUAAGGAAGUUCGUAAUUUAUUUUAAGUUAUAAGCGUUUGUUUAGGACUUUCCCUCUCAGCGUCAAGCUUCUCCUUGUAAUAUAUCUUUUAGUUUUUUUCAACGCGAAAAGGCUAUCGGGAACGUACACGUGAUCACCAAUAAAAAGAGAUUCUUGUUUCAAUGCGAAUUUACAUAGUAAAAAGAGGAGGGUAUAAAUUAUUUUUUUUAACGAAAAGAACUGUUUAUUUUGAUAGAAACAUAAUUAAAAUUGAUUCCAGAUGUAAAUAACAUAUUUUGGCCUUUAGAACAGAGCAGGACACGUUUUCUUUAUUAAAAAAAAUUAAUAAUAGCAUAGUAAUAAAAACACGGUAAUAAAAAUAUUUCAACGGGGAGCCCACAUCACAAGUAGGGUUUUCAGUGGGCCCUGUAUAAAAUCAAUUACAGAAAUAAUAAAAAUGCCAAAAAAGUGAAAAAUGAAAAGUUUUAACAGAGACCGAAGUAGUUGAAAAUUAAAGAAAUUAGCAUAUUGAUUAAAAUGUCAGAAAUGCCGAAAUGUUCAAAUCAUUAGCGUUUUGAAACAUAAAACAGUUUUGUCCCCAGGAGCGACGUCACGGGGGGCUUACAAAUGUUAUUUCUACCUCGAGUGUUGUACAGUAAUCAUGAAUGUUUUUAAAAUUAGGAAAUUGAAAAUAUCAGUGAAUUAAACUGUUUAAAACAAUAAAUAAUAAAACAAUAUCAAUCUAAGAAAUCUCCUUUUCGUCUAGUUAUCCCACGCAGCCGAGCUGAUCGAAUGCCCCAUUUAUAGCAGAAGAAUUUUUUGGUAUAUUGAGUACGAUUUUGGCAGCUAAAUUUUGUAGCAUGAAGAAUUUCUUCCUAAGAGUCAUGUUAGUUUUAAGAGUUCCAGCAAGCGCAAGACAUUUUAACUAACAUUUAUUAUAAUUGUAUAUGUAAAUUAGUUCCCUUUUAAGUUUGA